GGGGGCGGCGCGCACGUCAGGGCGGAGGGCGCGCGACCCCGGGCGGGCGAGCGAGCGGACGAGCGGCUCGACGGGGUUACCGGAUGCUCGACGCCCCCAGGGUUUAGGAGCCGUUGCCGUGGACGGAGAGACAGGGACGUGAGCGGCCAUGGAGGGCGGCCUGAUUGCCGGAGACCCCCACAUCUGCUCGGUGUGCGGGCUGAGCUUCGAGGGGCUGGCUGCAGUGGAGGACCACAUGGCGGGGCACAACAAGGAGAAGCGUUAUGAGUGCGACGUGUGUGGCAAGGCCUGGCAGUACCCGAGCGAGCUGGAGACCCACAGGCGGGUGCACACAGGAGAACGCCCCUUUGCCUGCUCGGAAUGCGGGAAGGGCUUCACCCGCUACGACAGCCUGCUGCGGCACUACCGCGUGCACUCCGGCGAGAGGCCCUUCGGCUGCUCCGACUGUGGCAAGGGCUUCAAGACGGCGCAGGACCUGAAGAUCCACCAGCGGGUGCACACGGGCGAGAAGCCCUUUGGCUGCUCCACCUGCGGCAAGAGCUUUGCCCAGUCGUCGGGGCUGCUGCGUCACCGGCGGGUGCACAGCGGUGAGCGGCCCUUCACCUGCACCGACUGCGGCAAAGGCUUCAAGACGUCGCCAGACCUGAAGGUGCAUUGGCGCCUGCACACCGGGGAGCGGCCCUACACCUGCAGCGACUGCGGCAAGGGCUUCACCCGCUCCAACAGCCUGCUGGAGCACCAGCGCACCCACACCGGCGAGCGCCCCUUCACCUGCGCCCAGUGCGGCAAGGGCUUCACCCACUCCUCCAAGCUGCUGUCCCACCAGCGGGUGCACGCCGGCGACCGUCCCGUCCCCAGCCCGGUGUGUGGAGAGCGCUUUGCCAUGGCCUCCCAUGCCCUGUCUCACCAGCGCGUGCACACCAGUGGCCAGCCGUACGACUGCCCGUACUGCGGUGAGGCGUUUGACAGCUCGUGGAGCAUCGGCGGACCCACACCGGCGAGCGACGCCGGCUGCUCCCACUGCGGCAAGCGUUUCAAGAGCGCACGGGGGCUGCGGGAGCACCAGCGCAUACACACCGGAGAGAGACCCUUUGUGUGCGCUGAGUGCGGCAAGGGUUUCACCCGCAUGUCCAGCCUGUGGCAGCACCGGCGUACCCACAGUGGUGAGCGUCCCUUCCCCUGCCCGUCCUGUGGUAAGGGCUUCACCCGCCUUGACCACCUGCUGGAGCACCGGCGGGUCCACACUGGCGAGCGCCCAUUCACCUGCCCGCUCUGUGGCAAGGCCUUUGCCCGCUCCUCCAGCCUGCUGGCACACCGCGCCGUGCACAGCACCGAACGCCCCUUCACCUGCCAGCUGUGUGGCGAGCGUUUUGCCCGCUCCUCCGGCCUGCUGGCACACCGGCGGCUGCACGCCGGUGAGCGCCCGUAUUCCUGCGCCGACUGCGGCAAGGCCUUUGCCCGCUCGUCGGGGCUCUUGCUGCACAGGUGCGCUCACGGCAGCGAGAGGCCGUUUGCCCGCGGCAAGGCCUUCGGCCGCCCCCUGCUGGCGCGCCGCCGUGCACACCCGUGCCCCGAGUGCAGCCAGGUGUUCGGACGUCCCUCGGCGCUCCGGGCUCACCGAGCCACGCACGGCGGGGAGGCAGCGCCGGACAACGCCGGCGAUUUCCCCCCCGCGCCCGGCGGCCUCUCCUCCAACGCGGAGCUGGACGGUCCCGGUCCUGCCCCCUCCCCCGAGGCUGGCCUGCCGGCACCCGAGGAGGCGGGGUCCCCGGGCGCGGGUGAGGGGGGCGGUACCACUACCCACACCCCCCCUCACACUCCAGCUCCCGCGGAAGCUGCCGUUCCCCACUGAAGUGGCGGGGAGGGGCAAGGCUCGCGAGGAUGUGUCCGGCUCCAUCACGCUGAGGGGGAGGGAUUGAAGGAGAAACCCCCACCACCCAACCCCCCAACAGCGCCCUGUUCAAUCCCCUUCUCUCCCGAAGAACAGUCCCAGACUCUCUCCCUGCCGGGGAAUGUCCGCCACAUGCUCGCCGCAAACCAUCACCGUAUGGCAGUGUGGUGAAGUCCUGGCCGUGCCAUCACCUUGCGUUUUCACAUGUACCAUCCCUUCCCCACCACUCACCAUGUGUGCACCACAAAGACAACAGGUGCAGGAGGAGGCCAUUCGGCCCUUCGAGCCAGCACCGCCAUUCACUGUGAUCAUGGCUGACCAUCCACAGUCAGUACCCCGUUCCUGCCUUCUCCCCAUAUCCCCCUGACUCCGCUAUCUUUAAGAGCCCUAUCUAACUCUCUCUUGAAAGUAUCCAGAGAACCGGCUUCCACCGCCCUCUGAGGCAGAGAAUUCCACAAACUCACAACUCUCUGGGCGAAAAUGUUUUCCUCAACUCCGUUCUAAAUGGCCGACCCCUUAUUCUUAAACUGUGUGUGCCCCCUGGUUCAGGACUCCCCCAACAUCGGGAACAUGUUUCCUGCCUCUAGCGUGUCCGGCUACGGGUGCCUGUCUGCACGGAGUUUGCACGUUCUCCCCGUGACCUGCGUGGGUUUUCUCCGAGAUCUUCGGUUUCCUCCCACGCUCCAAAGAUGCGCAGGUUUGUAGGUUAAUUGGCUUGGUAUCAAUGGAAAAAUUGUCCCCAGUGUGUGUAGGAUAGUGUUAAUGUGCGGGGAUCGCUGGUCGGCACAGACGCAGAGGGCCGAAGGGCCUGUUUCCGUGCUGUAUCUCUAAACUAAAUGAAACUAAAGAGGUUAUGGGUAGAAGGCAGGAGGAUGGAGUCAGAAGGGAAAGGUGAAUCAGCCAUGAUUGAAUGGCGGAGUAGACUUAAGAUAGACACAAAAUGCUGGAUCAUCCCCAGCCAGUGCCCCGUUCCUGCCUUCUCCCCAUAUCCCCUGCGUCCGCUAUCUUUAAGAGCUCUAUCUAGCUCUCUCUUGAAAGUAUCCCAAGAACCGGCCUCCACCGCCCUCUGAGGCAGAGAAUUCCACAGACUCACAACUCUCUGGGUGAAAAAGUGUUUCCUCGUCUCCGUUCUAAAUGGCCAACCCCUUAUUUUUAAACUGUGGCCCCUGGUUCUGGACUCCCCCAACAUCGGGAACAUGUUUCCUGCCUCUAGCGUGUCCAAACCCUUCAUAAUCUUAUAUGUUUCAAUAAGAUCGCCUCUCAUCCUUGGUUUUGGUUGGUUUUAAGAUCAUUAUGAUCUUAAAAACAUGCUUUCAUAAUUUAACCCUCAACUAAAGGGAUCUGACUGUCUUCACUGUCAAUGCCCUUUAUAAUUAUAUUUUCUUCUAUGAAGUUUCCCCAUGAGCCUCUGACAUUCCAGAGAAACAAUUCCCGUCUGUCCAGCCUCUCCGUAUAGCUAAUGCCCUGUAAUCAAGACGUCAUUCUGAUAAAGGAAACCAAAUACUUGAGCAACUCAGCGGGUCAGGCAGCAUCCCUGGAGAGCGUGGCUAGGCACAGUUUAGGGUUGGGACACUUCUUCAGUUUCUCCACCCAAAACAUCGCCUAUCCACGUUCUCCAGAGAUGCUGCCUGACCCGCUGAGUUCCUCCAGCACUCUGUGAAACGUCACCUAUCCAUGUUCUCCACAGAUGCUGCCUGACCCGUUGAGUUCCUCCAGCACUCUGUGAAACGUCACCUAUCCAUGUUCUCCACAGAUGCUGUCUGACCCGCUGAGUUACUCCAGCACUUUGUGUUAGAAUCAUAGUGUGAUACAGUGUGGAAACAGGCCCUUUGGCCCAACUUGCCCACACCGACCAACAUGUCCCUGCUACACUAGUCCCACCUGCCUGUGUUUGGUCCAUAU